UUCUUCUUGUUCCGAUUGACUCUCUCUCUCUCUCUCUCAAACUCUCAAACUCUUGUUUUUCUUAAGAAGCGAUGGAACUAGCGUUGUCUCUAGGCGACAAUACUAAGAAACAAUUCUCUUUUCUAGAGAAGCACUCGAAGAUUCAUAACCCCGCUGCCUCGUCGACCUCAACUUCCGACAAGGAUCUUGGGUUCUGCAUGGGUUUAGAUGUUGCUUUUGGUGGUCACAGAUCGUUAUCAUCCUCUUCGUCUCCCUCGGUAGAAGAUGCGAAGAAGAAACCGGCACUGCUAUCAAAUAUUUCCGAUGGAUUUAGGGUUUCGUCUUCUGUAGAUCCACCACUACAGCUUCAGCUUCACUUCCCUAAUUGGCUCCCUGAUAACAGUCAGCAAGGGGGACGAAUACUCUCAGGAGUAGCUACGGUGGUGGCAGAGGAGGAAGAGGAAGCGGUGCCUAGUAUGUCAGUAUCGCCGCCGAACAGCGUAACGUCGUCGUUUCAACUGGACUUUGGGAUUAAGAGUUAUGGUUAUGAGAGAAGAAGCAACAAGAGAGAUAUCGAUGAUGAAGUGGAGAGAUCAGCUUCAAGAGCCUGCAGCAACGAAGAUAACGAUGACGAGAACGGAUCCACUAGGAAGAAACUAAGACUCUCGAAAGACCAGUCAGCUUUUCUUGAAGACAGCUUCAAAGAACACAGUACUCUUAAUCCUAAACAGAAGAUAGCGUUGGCGAAACAGUUGAAUCUUCGUCCACGUCAGGUUGAAGUUUGGUUUCAAAACAGACGAGCCAGGACAAAGCUGAAGCAAACGGAAGUGGACUGUGAAUACCUAAAGAGAUGCUGCGAGUCACUAACCGAAGAGAACCGGAGGCUUAAGAAAGAGGUUAAAGAAUUGAGGACCUUGAAGACUUCCACACCAUUCUACAUGCAACUUCCAGCCACUACUCUCACUAUGUGCCCUUCUUGCGAACGUGUUGCCACCUCAGCAACACAGCAGCCGACCACAACGUCAGCUCCCCAAAACCUAGGUUUGUCUACGUCAACUUUGCACUGUCCUUUGAUUCCGGAUGUUAAGCCUCGGCCGGCCAAACAAGUUUCAUGAGAAGCAUGCAGACGUGGGAAAAUAAAAUGGUUACGGUUUUAGCAAACGGUCGAGUGAUUUUUUUAAAAAAAGUUGGGUGCAUUGAUGGCUUCUUGUGUAUAUUUAGAUUUACUUUUUUUUCAGAUAUUAUUUGGGACCGUCUCCAAUUAUAAAAGACGAGUAGAUC